AUGUCUCUACCAUGGCUGAGCCAACCGGUCAUGCUGCACUCUAGCCGCGAUGCUGGAGCUUGCUCUAUGACACCAGAGCAAUGUGCUUUCAAGACUAGUGACUGGGUGUUUUGGUACGAGGCUGAUCAUCGAUACGGACUACCUACUGUUGCUUUCUUCGUAACGGCAAUAUUGCUCGCAGUUAUUGCGAGCUUUGCCUCGACAUACGCUCCAACAUCGUGGAGAGGCAACACGUUAUGGCUAAGGAUAUUGUCAUCAGGCCGUCUCUUGUCCUACAAGAGCUGGCGGCUUGGUUUCUGGAACUCGCAGCCUCUAGGCACAUACCUGGUUGGCGCUGCAGGUGCUGUGUUCUUCUUAGCCAUGACACUUGGCCCACAGCCAUACUACUGGCCUAACACGAAACAACUGAGCUUCGGAAACUCACCGCCGAUUGCCACUCGUGCAGGCUACAUGGCUUUGGCAUGUAUGCCAUUUCUUUUCAUUUUAGGCGCGAAGGCGAACCCGAUCUCAGCCCUGACCGGUAUAUCCCACGAGAAACUCAAUAUCUGGCAUAACUGGGUGGCAUGGGCUAUGUUUGUACUAGCACUGGUCCAUACGUUUCCCUUCAUCGUUUUCCACAUCUGGAAAGGCGACAUCGUCAAGCAGUGGAAUGAUGGAGGCAUAUGGGUUACAGGCGUCAUUGCUAUCCUAGCUCAAGCAUGGUUGACCUUCAUGUCUAUUCGUUGGGUCCGG